UUUUGUUAAACAUUACAUUUCUACUAUUUUUUUGUUAUUUUGUAAAAGAUAAUAAUUUGCUGUUAAAAUUGGUUCAUGCGAGAAGGGCCGGCCUUUUUCUUUCACGAUGCCUGUUCCUAAGUUCAUUGCGCAGCUUCUCAUUGUAGGUGGCACUUAUUUGUUUCGUGCUUUUCUGGAAGCCUACAAACAGGCACUCUACAAUGCUCACGUAAGAGGCACAGCGGCGGGUGCUGCAGGUCAAGUUUUUCGCGAGGAAGGAAAAAUGUCAGUGGAAGAAGCUUGUAAUAUUUUAGGAGUGUCCAGAAGUGAUUCAAGGGAAAAUAUAUUAAAGAGGUACGAGUUUUUACAAACUGUGAAUGAUCCAUCACGUGGAGGAAGCCCGUACCUACAGAGCAAAAUACGAGGUGCAAAGGAAAUACUUGAAGAGGAGUUGAAGAAGAGGGACAAAUCUGUAUAGUUUGGUUUUGUGAAAGAGUUACAGUGAAGAAAGCUUGUCUUUACUAUUUAAGGCAAGCCCUACCAAAAAUGACACACUUUGGUAUGAUUUUAGUAUUACAGAGACAAAAGUUUUGAAAACGCAAAUUUUGGGUAUCUAAGACCAGUUAGAACUUGCUUAUUGAAAUUUUUUCUUAUUCGGACUGUAAAAUGUACUCAAAUGUAGUGUUUAAAAAUGAAAUAAUGGGAUACACGUUUUCAGUGUAUGUAUACAUAUAUAAAUGUAGCUCAGUAGUAUCCUUAUUUAAUGUAUUUAUCAGCGAUUGCUUUCCAGAAAUCAAACAUUACCGAGAAGAAAAAUGCUAGUUGAUGC